GCAGAUUGAUUUUGAUUAGUUUCAUUUGUAUGAAUAUUUUUACACCGCAUUUUCCAUUUUUAGGGAUCGUAUUAUACAGGCGUACAGUAGGUGGCGACAUGCAUAUCCACCAUUAUUGCAAAUGCCAUUAUACCAGAGAAGAAGAACCUCUCCAAAGAAUACGCAGUUAAUUAGGUUUACGCUGCUUGGCUCAUUCACUACAAGGGCUUGCAAAACAAUAAUAUAAAAUAUUAGCACUGUUUAUUUUUGCCGUCGUGCAUAGCUGUCUUGUGUCUGUCCUCAGAAAAUGCACCUCUCUAUCCUACUGAGUGCCCUUCUCAGCAUCCCUGUCUCUUUGGGCUGGAAUGAAGACUUCCAGAUAGUGUGUUCUGGACAAGAGUUCCGCCUGCCGGUCUACUCAGGGUCAAGGAUUGUGACCUUUACCCCCAGCUACCCUCCAGGACCAAGAAGAGUGCUACUGGAGAAUAACAAUUUGAAGGACCCGCGGUUUGAGUGGACCAAAGAUAGGACAUUGCUGUUGAAGGACGUCACACACGGUGACCAGGGACUCUACUCUAUCAAGCUGUCCUCUGGAUUCACAGAUGAGACCGUUCGCCUCACUGUCUCAGAAUGUAUAAAAACUUUCAGACGGGGCUAUGGGGAGACUUUUCAGCACAACAUCCCUAAAGAUGGCUCCCUGUUGGAGUUUUCACCCAGGGGCUCCCACCCUGAUUCCCAGCCGGUGGUACUGUGGAACCGGACAGAUCUCGAGACCAGUGAGGCGGGUCGGGGGAGGCUGGGGUCGGACGGGAGGGUCUGGGUGGCAGAGAGGGUGACCCAGGCAGACCAGGGAAACUACACCAUCAGAGACGAGAACGGGAAAGUAAUCUCCCGCAGCAAACUCACUGUCAAUGGGCACACCUUCAAUGUCACCCGCUUCUUCAAGGAGUCGCUAAACCUUCCCCUGUUUCUCCCUGUCCCUCAUGUCCACCUCAUUUUUACCCCCUCCCUGCACCUGUCCAACCCCUCCAAUGUUCCCCUUGACUCCCGGUACUCCCGCCCCGUGCAGCUGAUCAAGGACGGGCAUAUCGUGGAUCAGGACUCCCGGUACUGGGGCCUCAUCUCUCUGGGGAGAAAUAGGACUGUCAACGAGGUGGUCAUCACCAGGCUGAGUGCAAAGCAUGAUGGGAUGUAUGAGAUUCGAGAUCAGGACGGCAACCUGGUGUCGUCUACUGUUCUCCAUGUGGUCGAUAAGACUGCGAGAUGGAGAGCGGUCCUCAAGUCCAUCAGCGUCCCUUCUGGCAUGUUUGUGACUUUGGCUGGUUUCAUCCUGUUUAUGAAGCGCUACCCUAACUGCAGCCUCACUAUGAUCAUCAAUGGCCUAAGAGGUCACCACACACCCGCAGCUAACCUGCCAAGAGGCAAUGUCCAGGACUACAGUCCGCCCAGCCCCCAGCCCUAUGGUUUUUAUGGUCAUUCACAGCAGACUGGAACGCCAAAAAUAUGGAGCCCCAGACCUACACAUUCUGGUUACACUCCUGUUGUGGACAGUGCAACACUUGUAGUGGACAGUGCACCACAGCCCUCCCCUGAGCCAGUGAGGACUGGGAGACAGCAGGAGACAGACCGACUUAGUGUUGAGACUGCCACUACUCACUAUCCCAGUAGAGAGGAGACUGCUGGCAGUGAGAGGGUGAUCUCCUUUUCUGUCGCUGGCGCCUCCGACUGCCUCCACUCAUCUGAAGACUGUUUUCAGUUCCGGAUCAAGAAAGAGGGAGUCGAGGAGAGAUGGAGGAAAGCAGAAGACUACUUUUCCACACUUCCACUGGACACGGAUACCUCGGAGACUUGCAGCAUCUAUACUUCUGACAAACUCAACUUCUUAUAAAAGCACAGAGAAGAAGAGUGAACACAGGUAAAGAAAGAGAGAAGAGAAAAUAGUGGAGGGAGAUAUGAUCAUAUAUAUAUAUAUAUAUAUAUAUAUAUAUAUAUAUAUAUAUAUAUAUAUAUAUAUAUAUAUAUAUUACUGCUCAUGGCUGAAUUUUGUCACUAUAGUGCCUAAUACUCAAUACUCAAAAAGUGCCUUCCUUUUUGAGUAUUGAGUAUUACUUCAUAUGAUGUAUGUAUGAUCAUUUCAUUAUUGUUCUUUUUAAGCAUGAGAUGAGCAAUAUCUUGCAUUUGGAAUAUCAUUAAUUUGUACAACUGGACAGUUAAUGUUCCUAGAACUCAACCCGACAAUUACUUUGCUGCUACCUACCUCGAACCCUCAGGAUGACACAUGUUAACCAUAGAUGUCUGUAUAUUUACUGUAAUGUGUGUAAUUAUAUUGUUACAUUAGGAUGGUAGGCAAGAUUAAAGAAAAGAUAAGGAAUUGGAAGAUUUUGUAGUAGAUUGAUAAGGGAAUGGCCUCAAUCUAAAAGCAUAGCUAACUGCAUGUGUUACCUACUAUUAAAUCCAAUGAAUGAACACAAUAAUAACCAAUGUAUCUUUUUUAGAUAACAUAUAGUUAAGUAAGAAACUGAGUGAUUUCUAUAAAAUGGCAUCCAUAUGAGUAUAUGACUUAUUUUCACCAGGUAUUUACAUUUGUAUUUAUUCUUUAUUGGCAUCAAUCUGAAAGUGUGUCAAUAUAUGAUUUUCACAUCAUACUUUCACAAUGCUUUCUUGUGUAUUAUUAACGUAUCAUUGGUAUGUGAGUCAAAUAAUGUUAUGUUGACGAAGAAAAUAAAACUAGUUUAAUGAC